AUGUCUGCCGAUGCCUCCGUGGACAAGGUCCCCGAGACCACCGUGGACGAGGUUGCCAACACUCUGAGCAAUACUACCGUCAAUGACAAGGCCGCCGCCAACGAGGCUGCCUCGGCCAGUGCCGCCGAGGGCCGUCGUCUCUACAUCGGCAACCUGGCCUAUGCGACAACUGAGGGAGAGUUGAAGGAGUUCUUCAAGAGCUACCUCGUUGAGUCCGUCUCGAUUCCCAAGAACCCCCGCACCGAGCGCCCUGUCGGUUACGCCUUUGUCGACCUCUCGACCCCCAGCGAGGCUGAGCGUGCCAUCGAGGAGCUCUCCGGCAAGGAGAUCCUCGAGCGCAAGGUCUCCGUUCAGCUCGCCCGUAAGCCCGAGCCUGCUGGCGAGAAGGCCGAGGGCGAGGCCGCCGGUGCCGAGGGCACCCGCCGCCGUGCCUCCGGCCGUGGCCGUGGCCGUGCUCGUGGCCGAGGUGGCCGUGGUGCCCGCUCUGGCCGUACCGAGGGUACUGAGGAGAGCAAGGACGGCGAGGCUGCCGAAGCUGCCGACGCUGCUGCCACAGACGCUCCCACCGCUGAUGCCAACGCCGAGGCUAAGAACAGCCAGCAGCGCCAGCGUCGUGAGCGUGGCCCCCCUGCCGACGGUGUCCCCUCCAAGACCAAGGUCAUGGUCGCCAACCUCCCCUACGACCUGACCGAGGAGAAGCUUAUCGAGCUCUUCAAGGACUACCAGCCUUCUUCCGCCAAGAUCGCUCUCCGCCCCAUUCCCCGUUUCAUGAUCAAGAAGCUCCAGGCCCGCGGCGAGGCCCGCAAGGGUCGCGGCUUCGGGUUCGUUACCCUGGCUUCUGAGGAGCUUCAGAAGAAGGCCGUCGAGGAGAUGAACGCCAAGGAGAUCGAGGGUCGCGAGAUCGCCGUCAAGGUGGCCAUCGACUCCCCCGACAAGACGGACGAGGAAGCCAAUGCCCCCGCUGAGGAGGGUGAGGUCAACAAGGAGAACGACGGUGCCGCUGCUCCCGAGGCCACGGCUGCCUAA